AUGUCUUUGGAAAGCUGUACCUCUCCGGAUGACCUCCUCCAAUUCAUGGGCAACUUAGCCCGAGAUGGUGUCCACGGCCUUUCUCAGUUUGGAUCGUUCACUCCCAGUAUAUAUGACUCGGCGUGGAUGUCCAUGGUAUAUAAAAACCAGAAUUCUGAGCAAGAAUGGAUGUUUCCUCAGUGCUUCCAAUAUGUGCUGUCUCUGCAGCAACCGGACGGCGCUUGGCCUGGAUUUUCUUCGCCAGUGGAUGGAAUCCUCUCGACUGCGGCAUCUCUUCUCGCAUUGCUGAGCCGAAGGGAGCAAACUCUCCGGGAAAAUGACCAAGGAGACAUCUCUCAGCGUAUUGAGCGUGCUAUUAAGGGCCUGCAAGCCCUUCUCCAAGAUUGGGAUGUGGCCAAAAGUGACCAAGUUGGAUUUGAACUUAUCGUCCCAAGUACCCUUUGCCGUAUUGCUCAAUACGGUGUUCAUUUCAGCUUUCCAGGUCAGAAAUCUCUGGAUAUGAUACAUGCCAAAAAGAUGCAGAAAUUCCACCCAGAGAUGUUAUAUUCGGACUUGCAAACGACAAUGCUUCAUUCUUUGGAGGCCUUUGUGGGUGUUGUCGAUUUUGAUUUGUUGAAACACCACUGUACUGUGGAAAACGGAGUGAUGGCCUCCCCUGCUGCCACAUCUGCAUACUUGAUGUAUGUCAAUGAAUGGGAUCCUCGGGCUGAGACAUAUCUGAACCGCUUGGUCAGCUGUUCAGGAGACAGUGCUGGCGGAGUUCCAGCAGCAUUUCCGACGUGCAACUUCGAGCUUUCAUGGGCACUUUCAACACUCUUCCUCCAUGUGGGGUUGCCAAGUGAAGAACAAAUUUCUCAUCUGCGCCCCCUACGCGUUUUUCUGAAGACCAUUACGUCGCAUCAAAGUGGUCUUGUUGGCUGGGCACCGGGAAUCAUGCCCGAUGCAGAUGAUACAGCAAGAGUCUUAAUGACGAUAAAUAUUCUAGGCGAUCAGGUAGACUUUACUCCAAUGGUCACCAGUUUCAGAUCGCAUCCAUGUUUCAAGACCUUUGAGAUGGAGCGCAACCCAAGUUUCAGUGCCAACUGCAACGUUCUCUUGGCUUUGAUCUUAUCCGAGAGUCCCGCGGCCUACAUUAAGGACAUUGAAGCCGUGCUGGAUUAUCUUCUUAAACUAUGGAAAGAAGGGGAUCUAUCCGACAAAUGGAACAUUUCAUCACAUUAUUCAUGUAUGAUCCUGAGCUCUGCACUUGUCACAGUUCUUCAACUGUACACAGACCCCCAGUUGAAGGGAUUUUCCUCAGUUUCAAUGGUUCGAGACAUAGUACUAUGUCUGGUUCAGAUGUUGUCCCGAAUGCUCUCGCAGCAGGGCCAAGAGGGAUCUUGGGAUAACUCUAUGGAAGUCACGUCAUACUGCGCUCUGACACUCAGCCAACUGAUGCGUCUGCCAUUUAAUCAUGAUUUCCAAGACAACCAGCUUCGGCCUGCCCUUUUGAGGGCACAAGGAUAUGUGAAGGCUCAUUGGAAUGAUCCCAUGAAGUCAGAUCAUCACGAUUAUCUUUGGGUUGAGAAAGUCUCGUAUUCAAGUGGCCUCCUCCGCAAGGUGUAUGCUGUUGCAGCACUCAAUGCAAAUGUGGAUCCUUUGUGUUUCAGCGCGGACCUUUUGCAGUAUUUUACUGUGCCCAAAAAUGUUGACCGAAUAAAGACGUUGCUCCAAUCUAUUCCAAUGUUUCAGGCACCAACUGUGGUUUCAUGGCAUUUGACCUUGCUCGAAGCUGCCCUUUGGACAAGGUACCUACAGGAAGCAAAGCAUGACAUCUAUCUCCCUAUUGAGGGUCAAAAUACAAAAGACAAGCAUAUGAUUUUGAUACCUGUAAUAUGGACGGCAUGCAAUAAUAUCGGGAACCAUGUCCUUUCGCCGAACACAACCUGGGAAUUGAUCUUUAUCUCACUACUCGGGUACCAAACUGAUGAGUUCAUGGAGACCUCUACCAAAGACCUCUCCAAACCUGCACUUGAACGGUUAAGACAACAUCUCGAGUAUGAAUGCAACUUGACUGCGAAUGCUAAAGACGAAAAUCAAGCUUCAUCGUCAAAGCAAACAAAUUGCAACCACGAAUCGUAUCAAAGCCCGCUCACUUCAAUAGUGAAUGUGCCACCGGUGCUUGCUGAAGCCGAAGAAUCCAUUAUUAACAGACUCCGAGUCUAUAUUAAUUGGCUUCUGGGGCACCCAAAAGUGCUGGAAUCUUCCCAACUCAUGCAGAGGGAACUUGCCAGUGAAAUAUACUAUUAUCUUUCCGGGCAUAUUGCACAUGUCGCGAGCAACGUUGAGCUUUCUCUUACCCACUGCACAGUCAAUCCCGACUAUCCGAGAUGGGUUGGGUCAGUGGGUGCAGAUGACACUAGCUGCCCAUUGGCAAGUCUUUUCUUCCUAUGUGUCAUCAGUGGUUCCACAAAGACUGCUUUUGAGGGGUCACCAUUGGAACGUUACUUGAGCCGAAGCGUCAUCCGGCACCUGGCCAUAAUGUGUCGCCAGUAUAACGACUACGGAUCUGUGGCGCGUGAUAUGGACGAAGACAAUCUCAAUAGCCUUCAUUUUCCUGAGUUUCGUUCUUCUAGCUCAGAAGAAAAGACAAUGUGUGUUGAUGGUCAUGGGCAAGUGAAUUAUCCUUCAUCAUCUAUGAAAGAGCAACUUCUUGCUAUUGCGGAAUUCGAAAGGGAACAGAUGGAGCUUGCCUUUCACCGACUUGAGGAAGCUAGCGUUGAAAAACGCGCUCUGGCAUCCUUGAGGGUGUAUAUGAACGGCACGGAUCUUUGGGGUCUGAUUUAUCUACAGCGAGACUAUUCUAAUCGCCUGAAGCAUCAUCCAUCCAAGUGA